AUGGCGUCGACAGUCGAACUCGCAUCCUCGUUCAUUGAGGGUGCCCCGCCAGGCGAGCUCGCUGAUGUAGUUUCCGAUAUCAAAACCCUCACCUCCGACGACGGCGACAUAAUUCCAUCGCUCGCACCCGCCUUCGAACGAUACAACGAGUCACAGCUGGCGACGGUGAAGCUUCCCGGAGCCAGUCAGGAGAUUAUUGUCUCCAAAUUUAACAAGCUUGAGGGCAACCGAUACUUUGACGUGGAAAGUCAGACGUCGUUUGAAGUGGACCACGUUACGCAAAAUGCUUCCGCGGCGCAGUCAUAUGUUUUGGAAUCACAGAAUGCGGAACUGAUCAAAUCGCUCCUCAAGGCAUUGGGGGCGCAUGCUCGCGAGCACUACCCCUCCUCCUCGUACGGCGUAUACCCGAUUGAGAACGACUCGGCUAUUGCUAUCCUACUCGUUGCGAAUCGCUACUCUCCCAACAACUUCUGGAACGGCCGGUUCCGCUCUAUCUAUGAGAUUCCUGUAGGCGACUCCACCACCGUGACGGGCAAGAUCCAUGUCGACGUGCACUACUACGAGGACGGAAACGUCUCCCUGAACACCACAAAGCCCAUCAACAUCUCCGUAGCUAAUGCCAGCGCCGAGACCAUCAUAUCGCGCAUUGCGGCUGCCGAACGAAGCUAUCAGGAGGAGCUAAACAAGGCGUUUGGUCAGAUGGCUGAGGGCGCCUUCAAGUCCCUGCGGAGACAGCUCCCCAUCACGAGACAGAAGGUCGAGUGGGAGAAGGUUGGCGGGUACCGUCUUGGGCAGGAUAUCUCUGGUGGAAAGGGGCGGUAG